AUGGCCGCUGGUCAGUAUUCGAUCGAUUCAGCGCCCACCAUCUACUAUACUGAUUCGUUACCCCAGAUUUUCUUUUUCCUAAGUCGAUAUUGUAUCAUCCUGGCGUUCAUCGGAUUAAUAAUAUCGUUCACUGUGACAACCAAGAUUAAUUGUGCGGCUCUGUAUACUUUCAACUCAUGGACCGGGAACAUGUCUAUCCUAUGCGCGUCGACUUCUCUCAUGCUCAGGACCAUUGCUCUCUGGGAACGUAGCAAGAAGGUCAUCGUGCCUCUAGCCAUCCUGUGCUUAGGACACUGGGCGUUCUUAUAUCGUGGCAUGUUCCUCGUUUCAGCGUCUUGGGACCCCACCGCCAAUGCCUGCAUCGUGGACGCGACUAACCCCUCGCUGUUAACCAUCACAUUCUUUUACACAAUGGGCUUUGACUUGAUUAUUCUACUCUUCACUAUGUUUGCCCUAAUGGGCAAGCACUCUGCCCGAACGGAUUUAUGGAAACUCCUUUUUACGGAUGGCCUCGUGUAUUUUGUAGUCACCUUUACGACAAAUUCCCUACCCGCCAUCUUGAAUGUGUUGAACCUCAACACAAUGAUGAACGUGAUAGCCACGGUCCCUGCAGCUGCUGUAUCUUCAAUUGCUGCCUGCCGAGCAGUAAUUCGUUUGCAGGAAUUCGCUUCUGCAGAAGUUUACGUUCACUCGACAUCCCAAAUGUCUGGUGGUAAUAAUGUUGUCAUCGCCGCCCGUCGCAGCAUGGCCGCCGCAAAGGCUAAGCACGGCGUGGCUCGCCCAGAAAUCCGUGUGACGACCGAGCACAUCACUAUGGAAGAAUUUUCAUCACCAACAGAAGUUGCUUCUCCAUACAGCAAGACUGAGCGCCGCACGAGCUCUUCCUCCGACGAUCUCGAGUCGGUGGGUAUGCCAUACGUCCAAUUUGCUAAGCCUGUCAGGAAUGAGGAAAAAGAUAUCUCGGACUAUGUAUAG